GUUCAUAAAAGUCUAAAAGCAAGUCUUCAUGCAAUCUUUUACUUUAUAAUAAUAAAUUAAAGUGAUUUAUCCAAAAAUAAAAAUAAAAAUGGUCGUGAUAAUUCAAAGCCAUGACUCCUAUAUAUAUACACCUUAUUCUUGGUUACAAAUCAAUUCAGGAAUAUCAUUUAAAAAAUGGAGUAUAGAAACUAUUAUUUGAGCUUCUUAGUGGCUUUAUGUCUCUCAUGUCCAUACACUUGUUUGCUUGCACAAAAUCCACCAUACAAAGCUGUGAAUCUUGGAAACUGGCUUGUGGCUGAGGGGUGGAUGGAACAACCUUCUCUCUUUGAUGGAAUUGUCAACAAAGAUCUCUUGGAUGGAACUCAAGUACAACUCCUGUCCACAAAGUUUCAAACAUAUCUUGCAGCUGAAAAUGGGGGAGGAGCUGAUAUUGUGGCCAACCGUCCUUCGGCUUCUGGAUGGGAAACAUUUCGGCUUUGGAGGGUCAAUGAAACAUUCUUCAAUUUUAGAGUGUUCAACAAGCAAUUUGUGGGGAUAAGUAAUCAAGGAGGCAACAAAAUUGUAGCCGUUUCAAAUUCACCUAGCAACCAAGAAACAUUUCAAAUUAUAAGGAAUACUAAUGAUCCUUUCAAAAUUAGAAUCAGAGCAUCAAAUGGUUUAUUUUUACAGGUUCAAUCAGAGACAUCUGUGACAGCAGAUUAUCAAGGUAAAAGUUGGGAAGAAAGUGACCCAUCCGUCUUUCGUAUGAAAAUUGUAAGAACUUUACAAGGAGAGUACCAACUUACUAAUGGUUUAGGACCAGUUAAAGCUACUCAAGUUUUAAGGGAUCAUUGGAGUUCAUACAUAACUGAACAAGAUUUCAUAUUCAUGUCACAAAAUGGGCUGAAUGCAGUGAGAAUACCUGUUGGAUGGUGGAUAGCCCAAAAUCCAACACCUAAACCUUUUGUUGAAGGAUCUUUGGCAGCACUAGACAAUGCUUUCACAUGGGCACAAAAUCAUGGGAUGAAAGUGAUUGUGGACUUGCAUGCAGUUGAAGGUUCACAAAAUGGUAAUGAUCAUAGUGGGACAAGGGAUGGAUUUUUAGAAUGGGGUGAUUCCUACAUUCCUCAGACUGUCUCUGUCAUAGACUUCUUAGCAGAAAGGUAUGGUAAUAGACCAAGUUUAGGAGGAAUAGAGUUGAUGAAUGAGCCACAAGGUGUCGAUAUAGAUAGCCUCAAGAAAUAUUACAAGGCAGGUUAUGAUGCUGUGAGAAAAUACAACCAAAAUGCUUAUGUGAUCAUGUCAAAUCCAUUGGGUGUUGAAGAUUCCAAAAUUCUUCUCUCAUUUGUCAGUGGCUUCAACAACGUAGUCCUUGAUGUGCAUUACUACAAUCUCUAUACGGACAACUUCAAUAACAUGAAUGUUCAACAAAACAUUGACUACAUAAAUAAUGAAAGAGCCUCGGAUCUUAGUGGUGUCUCUUCAACAAAUGCUCUAAGUUUUGUAGGAGAAUGGACUGCUGAGUGGAAGGUGGAAAGUGCAUCUAAGCAAGAUUAUCAAAGGUAUGGCCAAGCCCAAUUGGAUGUGUAUUCUCGUGCAACAUUUGGAUGGGCUUAUUGGUCCUACAAAUGUCAGUAUAAUCAUUGGAGUCUCAAGUGGAUGAUUGAGAAUGGUUACAUAAAGCUCUAGUUGUAGGAAUUACUUUCCCAGCACACAAGGAUGUAUACUUUGAAAUAAUUUCUGCCGUGUGAAUGCACACUUAGAAAGUACGAUAGUUUUCAAUUUUUAAGAAUAAAUGCACUUUAGAAGUGAAAUU